AUGAAAACUAGGAAAAUUUUCUUUGUUUUAAUAUCACUGCUCAUUUUAGGGUUAGUGAUAGCACAAAGUGACGAUUAAGACAACAAAGAUGGAGUCCCAUAAAAUGGCGAUAGCAAUGGAAAUAGCGAUGGCUAAGGCUAGUAAAAAUAAGAUAAACCAGAUACUGAUGGAAAAAACAGUGAUGGUUAAGAUGAUGACGAUGAUGAUGAUAAUGAAGGUGAUGACAAAAAUGAUGGAAAUCAAGAUAAUAAUGGUGAUAAUAAUGGAGGUGACCCAAACAAAGAACCUAGCAAUAGUGACUUAAAAGAAAUUAAAAUAGGAGAAUACUACAAAAUUAAUAAAACAUUAGUUUACAAUAAUGGAUAUUAACCUGCUGGAUUUUUCUACUUUACAAUUAAUGAAAAGAUUCCUCAAAGAGAUUUGGUAAUUAUGGUUAGAGGUCGUUAGGAUUUUACUCAUAAUCCUGCUUUGUUUUACUCUUAGGUAAAUAAACAUCCUGACUUAUCCUCUCCUAGUGACGUUAACUGUGGAUUAACAGGACAUGAUUUUUGCAUCAUACCUGAUGAAAAAAUAAGCAAAAACUAAACUUACUACCUUGGUAUUCACUGUAUUAAAACUUGCCAAUUCGAAAUCUAUGUUCAAUAUGAUCCUUUGUUUAACUAACCUUUAAAUAGUUAAGUCAUUUAUGAAUCUUUGAAAGAUUAUCCUUAUGUUCUUGACAUUUAGGUAGUUCUUCCAUCAAAUUUAGAUGAUAACAUAGAGCAUAUAUUAAUUGAAAGUUACAUUUUGAAUUUCAAUCAAGUUUCAACAAACUUUAACAUGUAUGUCAAUAAAGGAACAACCCGUCCAACUUCUUCCUCCUACGAUUACAUCACUGAAGAACUAAAACUCAAUGGACAGUCAGUUUUACUUGAAAAGUCUGUAGAUAAGUUUGUUCCAGGUUAGGUAUAUUCAGUAGCAAUAGAAGUUCCUUCAAAAGCUAAGAUGUUAGUUAGAAGUGAAUCAUUUGAAAAGGUGAGAACUAUUUAUUUCUUUAAAUCCGUUGACGAUAUGGUAAAAAAAGGAUAAAUUCGUUUUUUCAAAUUAGAAAUAUCUGUCUUUACUGGUUUUGAAUGGGAUAAAGAGGAGCUUUCAAUUGAUCUUGAGCCCUACUUUGGUAACGCUGACUUGUAUGUCAAUCAUAAUAGCUUACCUGAUGAUCCUACUAAUUUAUCAAGCUAUAAAUGGAGCUCUACAGAAUAAGAUGGUCUAGAAAGCUUGACUAUCACCAAAGGUUCUAUUGAUAAUAAAUCAAUGACAGGUGAAGUUUUUUAUAUUGCUGUUUAUGGUGAGAGUGCUGCUAGUUUUAGAUUAUUAGGAUACUCAUCCUCAAUCGACUAGAGAUUAUUGACAUUCAAUUGUGUAGAAGUCGGUUAUACAAUUUAAAAUGAAAUAGUCAACUAUUAAUUACCAUUAUAGGAAUAACAAGCUGACACAAAUGUAACUUUAAAGCUUUCAACUAUUCAGGGUGAUGCUCAACUUUUCCUCAAGCGCUGUAUUAAUGCAACAAAAAUAGAAGAUUGCCAGAUAACUUAAUCAGAUAUAAACAACAAGCAAUUAGCAUAACCUAAUUUCUACAGAAGUGUAGAAAUUAGCAAAAAUCACAAGAUAGAUUUCGCAUAUAACAAGAAUGAUUGCACUGGAUCAAACGGAGUCAAUAAGUGCAUUCAUGUAGUUGGAGUUUAAGGUUUAUUUAAAGGAUAGAAUAAGUAUCGUUUGUUAGCUAAGCACACUAUUUAACCUAUUCAAUUAAGAGAAAAUGAAGAUCACAGAUACUUCUUACUCGAAGGAGAAAAAGAAUUCUAUAAAUUUACUAUUAGUUAAGAAGAUGAAACUAUGCAUAAAGUUGAAUUUAAUAUAGUGACAAUAUCAGGUGAAUUAAUUGUAUAUUCUUCUAGAAAAAAUCCUUUCCCUGACUCUAAGGAUAACGAAAAAGCUGAGCUUGCUCUUCAAGAUGUUAUAUCUUAUCAUCGUAGCAAUAAAAAUCCUUCUCUUAAAGGUUCCUACUAUAUAAGCAUACAGGCAGUUCAAGGUUGCAUUUACUAGAUACAUGUAAAAAUAUAUCACAAGAAGAAUGAUGGUACAAUAGUAGCUAACAUGAAAUAGAUAGAGCUUGGAAAUGUAGAAAAAGGUUAUUUGUCAUAUUUAUCACCUCACCAAUAUUAUUUUGUUGUAGAUCCUUAAGAUUAAUCUUCAACCCAUUAAAAUAACAUCGCACUAUUCUUUAACUCUUUUAAAAACGAAACAAUACCAACUGUUAGAAUCGAUCCUUAAAUUUAGAUUUUCUAUUAGGUUAAUAAGACAACAUUUUUGAAUGUUACUCGUGUGUAAUAAGAUUUUAUAUCUUCAGAUUUCAUCUUAAUCAAGAUUUAUACUAACCACACAGGCAAUGGUAAAUACAUAGUAUCACUUUCCCACAAAGAUGAGAUUCAUAAAACAGCUCAAAUUAGAUAUCAAUUAAAUAUAAAUGCUAAUGAUAUUAUGUACAUUGAGCCUAGAGAUGCUUACAUAUAAGAUUUAAAACCAAAGCAAUAUUAGAAUUAUGAGCUUUAUGUGAAUGAGCCUGCACAUGUUUACUUAGAAGUAUUUGAUUGCAUCGGAAAAGUCAAAGUUCAAGCUUCUAGCACAAUAAGCAAUGUAGAGUCAUAAAUAUUUGAUGUCAAAAGUACUACUCCUUCUAGAUUCAUAGGAGACCACACUAUAGUUAACUAUGAAAAAAAUACAAAAGGACCUUUAUUCAUAUCAGUUUCCUCUUUAUCAGAUCAUCUUUUUGGAAAUAUUAACUCUCUUUUCAUGAUCAUCCCCCAUAUUUUGAACUAAAAAGCUGUUAUUCCUCAUGAAAUCUUUGGUACUCCUGAAGAAGGAUAGAUUAAAACAGAUGUUGAUUUUAGAUACGAUCAAGCUCUCGAUUAGUAUGUUAGUGAUAUUAAAGUUUCAUUUGGAGCCAUAUAAUGUGCAAAUGGCUGCUUAGAUUCUGCUUAUAUUCCCAAAGGCUAUACAUAUCUUAUUCAUAUUACUAAUAAAGACAAUUAUAUGUAAUAUUUUGCUAAAUGCAAUAUGGACUAAUCUAUUUUGAAAUACCUUGGACUGAAUGAAACAGACAUCUUUUACAGGAAAUCAUUUAAAAAUUAUAAAACAGAGUCACACCCUGAAUUAAUUCAAGAAUAAUAUUCUUACUUACCAAAUGGUACAUAUUAUGUAGAAGUAAUGGCAGUACUUUUCUUAGAGACUAAUUAUACUAAAAGCCUAAGAGAACCAUUCACAUUUAUUUACCCAAUGAAAUAAUUUGUUGUUGGAAAUAGCACUGAUGGAGGUCAACCUUAAAUUAUUGAAAAGACAGAAGAAAAAUAUAUCCUACCAUUAUUCAUAAUGGUGCCAAUAGGUGUAGCUCUGCUUGCUUUAAUACUUAUAUGCAUAUAUAAGAAUAUUAAAACAUUCAUCAUCAGAAGAAGAUAUAGAUUAGCUAUGAUGAUGCAAGAAAAGAAUCCAGAUGUUGAAGUUGCAGACAAAGAAGGUAAUAUUAAUGAUGAUGAUGAAAACCAAAAAAAUAAGAAAAAAGUUGACAAAAUCAAUUUCUUAAACUGA